UGAGUUUAAGAGAAGCCCGACGAGGGCAAUAGGGAAGCGGAUUAUUUCACCGGACAGCACGGCUGAGACUCACUGACGUGGAACCAUGCCUCUGCGGUUGGACAUCAAGCGGAAGCUGUCGGCUCGCUCAGACCGGGUGAAGAGCACCGACCUGCACCCCACUGAGCCCUGGAUGGUGGCCAGUCUGUACAGCGGCACCGUGGUGGUGUGGAACCAUGAAACACAGAUGAUGGUGAAAACCUUCGAGCUGUGUGACCUGCCUGUCAGAGUGGCCAAGUUUGUAGCCAGGAAGCACUGGGUCAUCGCCGGAGCAGAUGAUAUGCAGAUCCGAGUGUUUAAUUACAACACUCUGGAGCGAGUUCACAUGUUCGAGGCUCACUCCGACUACAUCCGCUGCAUCGUGGUGCAUCCGAGCCAGCCCUACAUCCUCACCAGCAGCGAUGACAUGUUGAUCAAGCUGUGGGACUGGGAGAGGAAGUGGACGUGCAGUCAGGUUUUUGAGGGACACACUCACUACGUCAUGCAGAUCGUCAUCAACCCCAAAGACAACAAUCAGUUUGCCAGCGCCUCUCUGGACAGAACUAUCAAGGUGUGGCAGCUCGGCUCCAAGACCCCCAACUUCACUCUGGAGGGCCACGAGAAGGGGGUGAACUGCAUCGAUUAUUACAACGGAGGAGACAAGCCCUACCUCAUAUCGGGGGCCGACGACCGCCUGGUCAAGAUCUGGGAUUAUCAGAACAAAACGUGUGUUCAGACGUUGGAGGGUCACGCCCAGAAUGUGACCUGCGUGUGUUUCCACCCCGAGCUGCCAAUCAUCCUCACCGGCUCCGAGGACGGCACUGUCCGGGUGUGGCACUCCAACACCUACCGGCUGGAGAACACUCUGAACUACGGCAUGGAGCGGGUCUGGUGUAUCUCUGGACAGGCGGGGUCCAACAGUGUGGCGCUGGGCUACGAUGAAGGCAGCAUCAUCAUCAAGAUGGGACGGGAGGAACCGGCCAUGUCCAUGGACUCCAGUGGGAAGGUGAUGUGGGCUCGUCACUCCGAGGUGCAGCAGGCCAACCUGAAGACCAUGGGGGAGGCGGAGGUGAAGGACGGGGAGAGGCUGUCUCUGGGCGUCAAGGACAUGGGCAGCUGUGAGAUCUUCCCCCAGACCAUCCAGCACAGCCCCAACGGGAGAUUUGUAGUGGUGUGUGGCGACGGAGAGUACAUCAUCUACACCGCCGUGGCUCUGAGGAACAAGAGCUUCGGCACCGCUCAGGAGUUCGUCUGGGCCCACGACUCCUCACAGUAUGCAGUGAGAGAGAGCAGCAGUAUGAUCAAAAUCUUUAAGAACUUCAAAGAGAAGAAGGCUUUUAAACCUGACUUUGGGGCUGAAGGUGUCUUUGGAGGCUUCUUGCUGGGCGUGAGGUCAAACAGCGGCCUGGCCUUCUACGACUGGGAUAACACUGAGCUGAUCCGCCGUAUCGAGAUCCAGCCCAAACAUAUCUUCUGGUCUGACUCUGGGGAGCUGGUGUGCAUCGCGACAGACGAGUCUUUCUUUGUGCUGCGUUACCUUCCAGAGAGAGUGGCCGCGGCUCAGGAGAACAAGGAAGACGUAACAGAGGACGGGAUAGAGGGCGCCUUCGAGGUGCAGGGGGAGGUCUCUGAGGUGGUAAAGACGGGGGUCUGGGUGGGAGACUGCUUCAUCUACACCAGCUCUCUGAACAGACUCAACUACUACGUUGGAGGAGAGAUCAUCACCAUCGCUCACCUGGACAGGACCAUGUACCUGCUGGGCUACAUCCCCAAGGACGACCGCCUGUACCUCGGAGACAAAGAGCUGAACGUCAUCAGCUACGGCCUGCUGCUGUCCGUGCUGGAGUACCAGACGGCCGUCAUGAGGCGGGACUUCAGCACGGCCGACAAGGUGUUACCCACAAUCCCCAAGGAGCAGAGGACCAGAGUAGCCAACUUCCUGGAGAAACAGGGCUUCAAGCAGCAGGCCCUGGCCGUGUCCACUGACCCAGAACACAAGUUUGAACUGGCCCUGCAACUGGGAGACCUGAAGAUAGCCCAGCAACUGGCCUCCGAGGCAGAGUCGGAGCAGAAAUGGAAGCAACUGGCGGAGCUCGCUACUACAAAGUGCCAGUUUGGCUUGGCGCAGGAGUGUCUGCACAACGCACAGGAUUAUGGGGGAUUAUUGCUGCUGGCCACCGCCUCGGGCAACUCCAACAUGGUUGGCAAAUUAGCCGAGGGAGCGGAAAGAGAUGGGAAGACCAACGUGGCCUUCCUCACCUACUUCCUGCAGGGACGAUUGGACAAAUGUCUGGACCUUCUCAUCGCAACAAAUCGGUUGCCAGAGGCUGCUUUUCUGGCACGAACAUAUCUGCCCAGCCAUGUGUCGAGGGUGGUGAAGCUGUGGAAGGAGAGCCUCUCGAAGGUCAACCAGAAGGCAGCAGAUGCUCUGGCUGACCCCUCCCAGUACAGCAACCUGUUCCCCGGCCUCCAGCAGGCACUGCUGGCCCAGGAGUUUCUGAAGGACACUCAUGUUGGGAUCAGACCGGCUGCAGAGUACCCGCUCAUCAUGCCAAAUGAGGACCGUAAUGUUCUGGAGGAAUCUGCAGGGUUUGUGUCCAAAGGAGAGAUUGCUGAGCCAGAGGGAGGGGUUGAAAGCAUGAAUGAACCCAUGCUGGUAGCAGCGGUGACGGCAGCUGUUCAAGCAGAACCCGCCGCAAUGGAGGAACCAAUUCCAGUAAAACAGGAGAUUAUUGAACCUGUCCCAGCGACAGAAGAAGAAUCCAUCCCAACAUCAGCAUCCCCACUUCCUGUCACACUAACAGAAGAGCAUGUCGAGCCAAAACAAGCAGAGUCUGUGUCCUUUGACGAGGACAUCAUCUCUAACCCAGAGGAGGCUGCAGAGGAAGACAUUUUGGACUUCACCACAGAGACCCCCCCCACAGAGCCACAGAUGGUACAGUCCAGUCCUGUGGAAUAUGUCACUACCGUGCAUGUAUCUGAGACUCAUCUAAUCGAGACAACAUCAGAAACCAUCGUGGCAACAGAAGAAAUUGAGACGGUGGCAACGCAAACCAUAGCAACAGAGGAUGUCCUCGUUAGCACUGGGCUGAUAGUCGAUACUGAAGUCAUAGAAACUGGUAUUGAAGAACUGGAAACACCUUUAAUCUCCUUAGAAGCAUCAAGCGUCUUAGAUACGGCAGCAGAGGAGACUCGUGUUUCAGAGGAACUUCUUCUAGAUACGGCAGCAGAGGAAACUCCUGUUACAGAACAACUUGUUUCAGAAACAGCCACAUCAGCCGUAGCAGUGGAGGAGCUCAUCUCCUUUGAAAGCACCACCAGUCCAGACCUGGAUGUGCCUGUCCAGGUCCAAACGUUUCCAGAUGUGGCCCUUGAUCCUCUGCUGGAGCCACUUGAAGAGACAGUGCCGACACUGAAGCCACUCUCCGCACAAGAACCAGAAGGAGAUGAAGAAGUGACAGUGAAGCUGGAGGAGAAGCUGGAGCCUGCUGCGCCUCCACAGGCUGACCCAGAGCUUUUAGCCCCAGUAGCAGCUCCUGUAGAGGGGAAAGCAGCAGGGGAGGAGGAGUACGGAGCUGAAGGAGCUGAGGAACCACCAGAGGACCUCGAGGACGAGAUGAUUGAUGAGGGCCUGGAUGAUCUGGAUCUGGAUAAUUUUGACCUGGAAGACAUCGACACCUCGGACGUCAACCUGGACGAGGAUUUGAGUGAUUAGGAAGAGGAAUGGUCCAAACUUUAUUUCCUUCUCUCAGUGACCAAAGAACUCAAAGGGUUAAACGAGACCAUAACAAGUGAGCAGCAGACUAACAUGCCUCUAUCCUUAAAUAACAAGCAUUGUGAACUGAUCUAGUAUAAGAUGUUCUGCUUUUGGUAUAAUUGUGGAACUCUAGGACUACAUUUUUUUUAAGUAUAACAUCUCCAAGAAGGCUGGUUUAACCUCAAAUUAGGUGUGAGACCAAACAUAAGGAGUGUGCUAAUCAACGAAAAAUGUGUAAGGGACUCAAAUGUGUUAAAUGGGAAUUAGGGAUAAGGAAUAGAAAGGUGUUUGUUUAGAAAUAAGGGAUGCAUUGUCGCCGGUUAAAAAUAUCCAGCUCAGUCUGUUAAUGAUCUUUUUUACACUACACAUUUUUCUAUUUAAACGAUACUGCAAUAAUCAUGACAGCGUCUCAAAACACAUAUUUACGUAUCAUUGGUUUUUGACAUUUGCACCAGCAUUAAAAGUAAUAAAUGUUACACUCUGUACUUCUUCAGCAUACCUCAGGACACUUCUGUGGAUCAGGGUGUUAUCCAAGCCAUCGAGGAAGUUUAAAUACUGCCUUCAUUCUUGAAGUAAAACUAAGUUUGGGUAUUCAGAGCGUUAUUUUUAGAUUUAUGUGUCAUUUUGUAAAUGGUUAACAAAUAUGCAAUUUUGACAAAUCCCCCAUUUGGUUAUAUUCAGUGUGUUUAUGACCUCUUGGUUCAUGUUUACUUCUCACACCUUGUAUCCACACGUACUGCUGCUGUUAGUUUAUCAGAUAAACUCCUAGAGAUCUACAGUAUGUUUCUGUUAUAAGUGCCUUACAUGUGUACUUUUUUAGAGAGUAUUCUUCACAUUUUCAGUUUUUUUUAAAAGAUGGAUGGUACUGUGUAUGUAUAGUUGAAAUUUGAAUAAAUAAGCUUCAAUCAAUAAA